AUGCGAACUCGCUUUCUCAACACGGAUUACUUCACCUCCUCUUCUUCUCCGAUCGCAAACUUAAAAUUCCUCAACCUUCCAGUUCCUUCUCUCUCUCCUCCGCGUCUACUCACCUGCAAGGACGAACUUCUCCGCUUCGAUUCCGUCUUUGACAUCUCUCUUGAGAUCGAGCAUUUGCCGAUCCACUCCGCUCUCUCCAAGUUCUUCUCUGAAGUAAUUCCUCAAAUUAUUGAUGUUGAUUGUCGUGAGUUUGAGUCUCUAUGUUCGAGGUCUCGAAAAGGCUGCGACGAUGAGGAAGGAUCUGAUACUCUUUUUAAAGAGAAAGAAGACGAAAGUCAGAGAGCUUUUGGGUCAGACACUUUGGAGAAGGAUACUGAGACUGCUGCUGGUGACAAGAAUGCACACAGGGUUGAAGUAAUCCAAUUUGAAACACCAGAGCCGAUUGUAUUUUUGGAAAAUUUUUCCAUUUUGGAUAAAGAGGAGAUUUUGGUUGUUCCUGGAGGUCCAGAGUUUGAAAACAACUUAGACAUGCUCAUGCGAGGGCUUGCAUUACAGUAUCCUAAUGAGGUUCAAGAAUCAGUUUAUUCGGUUGAAGAUGUUGCUUUUGACUCCUGCAUGGAUCAAAGUACUUAUAUCUCAGAAGAUGAUGUUUCUCUACCAGACCAACUGUUCUUCCAGGGUGGCACAUUUUCUCUUUUAGAAGUGGAUGAAAUAAGUCUAGGUAAUUUGACUGGCCAGACUAUGGAGGAUGAACUUCUUUCAGUUCUCGAAAAUAUGGAACAUCAACACUGGAGUCUAGAAGAUAAUCUGCUGAUUAAUGGCAAGGAAAUUUUAGGUUCUGUGGACAAUGAUAUCUUAGAUCCUCUUUCAGAUCUUAGUUCAUCAAAGCAGUGCCUUGACUCUGAGCUGGGAUCAAUGGAUUUGCUCCAUAAAGUGGACAUUUUAAGCAUGGUGGAAAGUUCACAGCUUCAAGAAAAUUCUGAAUCUCAUCUAGUGAAGGUCGAUGGUGCUUGGCUGUUGUCAAUAAACCUGGUGAUAUUUCAGGAAUUUGAAAUAUUUGAUACAGACUCAUCUCAACUAUUCGAUGACUUCUUCAGCACACGAACAACAGGUGAACCAGGCACAUGUGGUUGGAUGUUCAGGGAAGACAUGAAUUUUAAAAAUUACAAUGAAUUGAUCAUUAGUCAUGAACUAGCUCUAACAGAUGAAACAUUCAAGUCUUUGCCCAUACCUGUUUUCUCUGAUCAUGACAAGAUAAGAUCAAUAUAUACUGUUAUGGAGGAAAAAUUAGCAGAAUUAAGGCCACAGCCCUUGUCUGCAUCUGAUGGGAUAUACUUGGAUUGGCAUCUUCUGGAGGGAGAUAUCUGCAAUUGCAAACUUUUUUGUUGUCAUCAGAAUAUGUUGGAGGCAGAGUCAAGGAUUGAAUUUGAUGUUGCAACUUCAGAUGAUGAGAAGUUAGUAUAUGACUUCAUUUUCUCUGAUGAUGCUUUAAUUGGGCCAAACAUGGAAGAAUCCAAUGAAUCAUUGAAAAUUGAUUAUGAUGGAAUUUCUGUGCUUGAUGAUCAUCUUAUAGGAGUUGCUUCAGCAAAGUUAUAUGACGAUGGGAGUUCAAAAGCAGGAAAAAGGGAACCAUCGGGUGAAGGAAAUACAGAGAAGGCUUCACUUUUAUUCAAAUCUAUGUCACAAUUCAAUGAUCUUGACUUUUUCUUGAAUCCAGGGAAAGCUAUCACUGGACAGAAGGGUGAAGCUACAGUCAAGGAAUCUGAUACUGUUGUUCCUUCUAGUAAUCUGACAGCAGCGUGCAUGUCUACUGGCUUACAAUUGCAGCAGUGGAACAUCACAUUGUAUAGAGUUGAGUUGUCAGACAAUAUUGUGGCCCUAAUUGAUAUCUUUGAAAAGAGUUAUCUAGCCAUUUUGCGGAAUGAGACAGAACUGAACUCAUUUGCAGCAUCAGAUAAUUUUAAAUUGCUUAGCCUUCCAAAACUACAGCUGAUGGACUGCAUUAAUAAAAGGAUAUUACAAACAGCCUCUUGCCAUGUGGAUGAAAAAUCUAUAGCACUUGUCACUCUAUGUGCAAUCAAACAAAUGGCUUGGUACAUAUGUUUCUAUGGCAUCCACACAGCUCGCCUAUAUGUAGAUAAGUUAUGCAAAAGCCUGGACUGCAUGAAAUCAAGAUUAGGGUUCCUGCAGUCAUUUAUUGUAGAAGCAGAUGGAAAGGUUGACGAAGAAACAACUAGAUCUCAUCCCUCACUACUAGUUAUUCAGGAAAUUCUUCAUUCAAACACUUCCCAGAGUAAUUUGAAAGUACUAAUUUUGGCUGAUCAAGUUUUCUGGUGGUCAUUGAAGCGUUUGGUAGUGUCCAUGGGGUUAUCAUGUAAUGAGCUACAGAAUUUUUAUACACAUGUGGAUCAACCAGAUGUCCUUCACGAUAGUGGGUCCAAAAAGUCUAAAAUGGAUGGCCUGCUGAAUUCUGAUUGCUUACUGGUAUCUCAUGAGUUGGUAUCUGCAUCUUUUCCCGUCAACAAAUUUGGCCUCAUCUUGGAAUAUGGUGGUUCAUAUGGCUCAUCUAGAGUAUCCACUCUUUCCCCAAAUUUAUCUGGCUUGCCUUGUCUUCACUUCUUAAAAGUGGAACUGGAGAACUCUAGUGCCUCUAGAGCACUUUGUGAAGGUGUUAAUAUGCCCCAAAAGAUAGAAGUGGGUGAAGAGUCUCAUUCUAUCCCAACCCUGAAUGAGAAUAGGAGUGCUCAGCAGUUGCUGGAAGUGCUAAACUUUGUGCCACUUGAGGACAGAUAUUACAUCAGAUCUGGGGAAGCUGCAGAAGUAGAAGUUUGUUGUAUGCCUCCUCCAGUUCCUAGUUCUCAAUUGGCAAGGGAUUCUGAGCAAAUUCAGCAGUGCAUAAUGUCUUACCCUGAUACAGUCAUAAUUGUGAAUACUCAAAAUAUUGAUAGGGAAAUGAUAGUAUCCAGGAGAAGUACAUACCAAAGAAUUCUUGCAAUGGAGAAAGGAGGGAUACAGGUUGUGGAACGUGAUUCAAAUCUGCCUGUGGAUAUUAUAAUUAGUUCUGCAAUUUGCCUAAUAUGGUAUGAUUCUGGAAACAUUGGAAAGAAAUCUACUGCUUCAGAUGAAGCUUCUUCAUGCUUACCUCUGUGCGUGGAAAAUAUUGCAACAAAUGUUUUUACAUUGCUAAGCUUUACUUUCAGUGCCUGCAUUCUGGUCUUUGAGGGUGAAAUCAACUUCAUUUCUACCGUAAUGGAAUCCUCAGAUGAGCUCUAUGCGGCUGCAGCAAGCCUGGGACUAGAUUUACAGCUAUUUUAUUCUUAUUCAUCCGAGUUAACUGAAGAAAUUAUAUUGAACUGCAUUGGAUAUCCCAUUAAAUUGACUAGGGGCCUAUACCCUAAAAUGCCUGAGUCAGAAACUCUUGCAGAGUCAUUCCUUACCAAGUUUCCUUCAGUGAAUCCACUGACAGCUCAUGCUAUGCUGUCUUCCAUAGGCACACUUACAGAGUUCCUUCAGCUUUCACAUGAGCGUAGAAUCUCUGCAAUCCAAAAAUAUUAUGUUCCUAAUGAAAGUAUCAACCUGUUCAGUAUUUUGUGCAAAUAUGGGGAGCGCGAUGACUCAAAAUCUAUCAUGACAGACUGCUCGUCUUCGGUAUCUUCUGGUCCAGACUCAGAUAAGUGUCAUUUGAAUAUUGAUUCUGAAAGAAAACAACGAAAAUGCACUUCUAAUCCUGACAAAAUUGACAUACAUAUGGAUAAUUUCCAUUUGGAGCCCUUGAACCAAUUUUCUGACAGUAUCUUCGAUACCUCUGGAGCGCCCAAGCCCCAUGAUUCUUGGAAGGAUAAUGAGAUAUCUGGAGACUAUGCUAAGCCUGGCUCAUCUUUGAAUGAUUUGUUUGAUAGUAAACUAGACCUGGAUUUUGACAUGAAAAUGAAACCUUCUAGAGUCUCCAAGGUAUCUGAUUAUCAGAUCUUAGAAGGUCCUCAGAUCUUAAACGAAAUAAAUGAUCCCAAUUUUUCUUUGAAAGAUAUAUUGUUGGAUCAAAACCAAGCAUCAGAAAUUGCUAGGAUGAACAAUUUGGAUUGGCAAAGCAUCAGUAAGUCUAGCAAUCUGCAAGAGGACUUUAUAGGUGAAGUUAUAAACUUCACUUGUAGUCCAGUAUCAGGUAAGGAAUUCUAUUCUGUGUCUAAAUCUUCAUCCUUUCGUUCGGUGCCUGAGAUGGAAAACAAUUCCUUAGGGAAGUCUAAAAUUGCAAGAAGAUUUUCAUUUGGUAAAAGCAGUCACCCUACUUUCCCAACAGCUACUGAGGUCGACUCUGGUUCACAUGUAUUUUCUGGUAAGGAUCUGAAACAGAGUUUACGAGGAACUAAUGACCAUCCAGAUACUGAUUAUAAAAGAGGCAAGUUGCCUUUGGAGCACCACAGAAACCUCUUAGAGGAGGUUUCAGAAAGGAGAUUUGCAGACUCCAAAGAGGUGCCAUUCCGAGAAGAAAUGGCACAUUACAGUGGAACCCCACUUUCAAAUGCCAUUCAUUCAGCAAAUGCAAAACCAGGUUCACCCUGGACAAUGGAAUUUCUGAACAGAAUCAGGGAAAAGAGCAGAUUGCGGCAGCAUUCCCUUCCAUGUGAUACAGCUGCCCCAUGCUUUGGGGUUUCAGGGAAUACAUCAAAAGUUACUAAGAGAAGAAGUCCAUCUAUUCUUGAAUUUUUCAAGUACCAGGGAGGCAGCACUCCUAGGAAUUUACCAGAACAGAAGAAGCAGAAGCUAUCUAUACAAUCAUCAAGCUCUUCGAAGAACAAAAUGCCUUCAACUUCAUGUCUUCCUAUAUGGACUCCUAUUGACAAGAGAGCAAGACAGACUCUGGCUUUUGCAACUAACAAAAGUGGCAGCCAAACUAAGUUGGUGUGGAGUGAUGGAAGUGCUUAUGAUCCAAGAAAAAAGUUUCGGAGUCAAUAAAUAGAGUAGGAACAACACUAGUGCUGUGUAUUAGGACUCAGAUCUUUUUGAAUGAAGUUACAGGUUGGUUCUUAGUCAGGACAUAGUAUUUAACUUUUGAAUGAAGUUUCAUGCCUGCAAUAAUCGGUGUCAGCUUGUCAGAGUCACCUGUGACAGUUUUGAAGUAUGUAUCUAAAUGACUCUUAUAGGUGAGCUCCAAAAUUACAACUUUUGCUCUGUUUAUGCCAAAUAUAUUGAACUGACUUGACUGUGGUUCAUAGUCAUUUCAACGAGAGUUUAGCAAACAGAUUCAUUGUUGACACUUUGAAAUGAAUUUUCU